AUGUCCAAGACGUUCCGCCGUUUUUCCAUUGAUGCAGGGUAUGAGAGUCCACCACUGGAGGAAGAGUUUGAGGAUGAUACAACCAUUGGAGAUGGAGAGCGUGUCUUGCCGUCCUUGUCAAAGAAAAGAUUUUGUACCUCUCGGUCAAUGGUUGUCAGCAUUAUUGUGGUUGUUGUGGCUCUAGUCUCUCUUCUCGUUGGAAGCAGCAGCAGACGUGGUCAAGAGAAGAAACAUCCAGUUUACUCGGGAGAACCACAGGUGUGUGAUAGCCAUCAUCAAGCAUCAGCUCUGCAAGACCUCAAAUCCUUUGCAUCAUUGAAGGAUAUUGAACAUGGAGCCGUUGCUGCCGAUCACCCAAAAUGUUCCGAAAUUGGGUUAUCCAUGUUGCGAGACUUGGACGGCAAUGCCGUAGAUGCCGCCGUGGCCACGGCCUUGUGCUUGGGCGUCGCCAACCCUUCAUCCUCUGGCAUUGGUGGUGGUGCCUUUAUCUUGAUUCAUGCCAGUUCUUCCACUCAGGAUGAGAACAAGCUGCCCAAAUUCCAUGAUGCCAGAAACCAGUCCAAUACUGUUUCUGUGCAAGGAGAUGAUAAGAUCACGGAAGUGAUUGACUGUCGCGAUGUGGCGGGACAAGCAGCCUCGACUUAUAUGUAUGAAACUGAGGGGGUUCCACCUGAUGCGUCCUUGUACGGUGGUCUAGCCGUGGCUGUGCCUGGAGAAUUGCGUGGUCUGGAGUUGGCCCAUGCACGGCAUGGCAAGCUGGAUUGGGCCACAGUGGUUCAACCGGCCAUGGAGUUGGCACGAGAUGGAAUCCCUGUGUACAACCACUUGGCACAGGACAUUCGUACAUUCCAAAUAAAACAGAAGUCUCAUGGAGGAUUUCCAACCUUGCGGAAGCUCUUGACGCACAAUGACGAUUGGAAGCACAUCCUGAAAGAAGGAGAAAUCCUGCGAAACCCAGAGCUGGCAAAGACGCUCCAAGCUGUCAUGAAAGAGGGAGCAGAUGCCGUGUACACUGGCCAGAGAGCCGAACAAUUAGCACAAGAAAUUCAAAAGGAGGGAGGAAUCCUGACCAAGGAAGACUUUGAGAAGUACUACCCAACACUGCGGUCACCCGCCAUGUCAGACAAUGUCUUUGGCUUUCGUGUUGUAGGCGUCCCGCCGCCAAGCUCUGGUGGUGCUGCGAUUAUUGGCGCACUACGCUUUCUCAAGGGAUAUGCUGCUCCCUUGGCUUCAUAUGCUGAUACUUUGUCCGUACAUCGCAUGGUGGAAGCUCUCAAGCAUGUGUUUGCCAUUCGAAUGAGUUUGGCAGAUCCGGCAUACCCAAUUCGCAACAAUGAUACCAACGCGACAACGCAAGAUGCCGUCGACGCCCUUGUGCAAGGCCCGUACAUGGAGGAACUAAGACGACUCACUCUCGAUGAUGAUAUUCUGAAUCUUUCUCACUAUGGAGGAGCCAGGUUUGCGCAGCUGCAUGAUACAGACGGUCAAAAGAAAGCCACUGAUGCCAAAGAGGGCGAUCGAAGACGAUAUCUCAAGGAGAGUCAACAACCACAGCAACAGCAACGACGAAGAUUGUACGACCCGUUUGGGUAUUUGGAGGAUCACGGAACGUCGCAUCUUUCUGUGGUAGACAAGCAUGGCAACGCAGUCGCAAUGACAACAUCGGUCAAUGCGCAGUUUGGUGCAUGUGUUGUCAGUGAAUCUACAGGUAUUGUUCUGAACAAUCAGAUGGAUGACUUUGGCAAUCCUGGAAGGCCCAACUAUUUUGGUCUCAAGCCUUCUGAGGCAAACUUUAUUCAACCAGGCAAGAAGCCUUUGUCUUCCAUGUCACCGACCAUGGUAUUUCAAGCGAGCCCGGAUUCGGAUAGACUCGGACAGCUAAGACUUGUGCUUGGUGGGUCUGGUGGCCCCAAGAUCAUCACAGCCGUUUUGCAGGUAAUCAUCAACUACUUGUUGCUUGGCAAACCACUCUUUGAUUCCGUGGCAAAACCACGGAUCCACAACCAACUAAUCUACCACGGGGCUGCAACCACGACUCUUGAGAACAGCGUUGUACAUCCUUCGGAGAUCAAUCUGCUGGUUUCCAACCGAACUAGAACUGCUUUGGCAAAGCGGGGCCACCCGUUGGUGGAUAUUGACUACGCUGGGACCGUCCAAGCUGUGGCAGUGGACACGGAAACAGGCUUGAUGGAGGCUGUCUGUGAUAUCCGAAAAGGUGGUUCUCCAGUUGGAUACUAG